UCUGCGAGCUCUUCUUAUUUUGGUAGCACAACAAAAGUGAGGCUUAGGCCUACAGUAGACUAACCUGGUAGUGUUUAAUGUUAACCCCAAAUAAAUGUUCGACCGAGAACAAAGUGACAUCUUGAUUGCUGGGAUAACAGGGAUUAAGCACCCAUUUAAAGAUGGGUGGCUGUUUCAGCUCAUCAAACGACGCAGGGAGUGGUCGAGGUGAAUCUUCAGAUGGAACCAUUGGUUCGAUGCCUAUUGGACGAAAUCAGCCAUUGAAGAAGGAGAGUCCCAAGUGGAAGAGUGAUGUACCUCUAACAAGUGGACAAUUACGAAGUAAACGAGAUGAGUUUUGGGAGACAGCACCUUGUUAUGAAGGCAGGAAGGAAAUUUGGGAUGCUCUUCUAGGAGCAGCCACUGCCCUCGAAACCAACGAUUUUGACUUGGCGCAAGCCAUCGUUGAUGGAGCUAAUAUAACCUGUCCAAGCGGAUCACUUACAGAUUGCUAUGAUGAACUUGGAAAUCGCUACAUUCUACCUGUUUAUUGCUUGAGCCCACCUAUAAAUAUGGUGGACGACAACAGCGAAUCUGACGCCACAGGGGCGGAGUGUGAUCCUGAAGGCGGCGUUGAGGCCGUCUUAAAGUUAAGACUUUCACUUGGUAAAGAACUCAAAUUGAAUGUACGUUCCACAGAUACUGUUUUGCACAUAAAACGUCGUCUUCAAGAAUCUGAGGGCAUUGACCCCCAUCAACAGCGCUGGUAUUACUCAGGCAAACUUCUAACGGACAAGCUAAAGAUUGAGGAGAUAAAAAUCCCCAAGGGUUUUAUAAUACAGGUUAUUGUGGGACAGACGAAUCCGACCCCUGUCGAUGCUUGACGUAGGCUGGCAGAUCGCAAGCGAUCUACACAUUCUGCGACCAAAUUCCUUGAACAAUUGAAUACCUAAAUUUCUUAUGAGAAUUUGCAAUGCUCUUAAGUAUAUGACUAUUGUAUAAUCAUAGACAGGUGAAAUUUGUCUUCACCAGUAGCAACUGAUUUUAUUAUAUUUAUUGUUAUGUUGGUGUAAACCCACUAAUUGCUAAUGGCAAGAGAACAGGAAAAGUAAGGACCUCUAUAUUUCUCUCUCAUUUUAUGUUUUUUAACAAAGACAAUGGAGCUUAAGUUAAGCUUUACUGAGAUUACCACCUCACACUCCCAGUACCAAGCGGUGGAUCCAAGACUUUCUGCCACGGGUACAGAGCACAUUGGAAGGUUGAGAUGUUCCUUUCCCUAUUGGGUGGGUCCAGGAUUUAUCAAUCUCAGCUUAGCAAAUGAAAAAUUUGUUAAAUCAAAAAAGUUAAGAUGUCUCUAAGCAAAUAUUUUAAGCUGAUUUAUCAAACCAUCUUGGCAAAAUCUUAGCUUAAAAAUCAUCAUAGAUGGUGCAUGCGUACAAUCAACUUCUUUAUUUUAAGCAAUUUUUAAGCAAAGCAAUAUUGAUAAAAUAAAAAAUAGUUUGAUAAACCUGGCCCCUGAGUUUUAGCCAUAUUAAUUUCAUUUAAACAAUUUCACACUUGGUUAGAUAUGUUUUUUGCCCACUGUCAUCGGGGUGGGUGUGGCAGGCCCCUUAUCUCACCUCCCUGAAUUUAAGCCAGUAACCAGAGGGUUUCUAUUUGGCUGAAUCCCUUUUUAGGGGAAACUCUGAGAAACCAAACCACCACCUUGUAUAAAUCAAAAACCAUCAAAAUGAUUAUAAAAAAUUCGCUAUUAAAAUUAAAAUUUUUUUUAGCUUCAGGGGGAUUUUCCCUGACAUCUCUUCACUUGACCCCACCAGAGAGCCUUGGUUUCCCCCUUGAUUUCUGGCUGUCACAGGACACUUUCCCUCCCCCCUAAGGAAUCCUGAUUAUGCACCUGGAAUGUGACCCUGUGAUAUAUAUCCAAGUUUUGAUACAAUUGCUUACCAGAAAGCUUGGAUUUUAAACAUUUUUUUCUGGACUUGAAAAAAAAGUGGAGAAAAUGAGAAAAUGGUUUUUUAUUUGGCCUAGAUUUUUGUAAGAGUAAUUUAUCCUACAGUUUAUAAAGUUCCUAUGAUAGAUGUUUGAUUAUAUAUUUUAAUGUAAUAAUUUCUACUGUGAGUAUAACUGGGAGUCAAGUCAACUUAAGUUGAGCUUGAAAUUAUUUUUUGUCUAAAGUAUACUGUAACCAUUUUUCAUGUACGAGAUUUAGUUACUUUUUACAUGUUUUGAAAACAUAAAAACAAUAACUGAUUUGAUGUUAAAUGUAAAAUGAAAUAAAUAUUAUAUUAAUUUCU